AUGUCCCAGAGCCCAAAUGAUUAUCUCCGGGAGUGGAAAUUUCGGACAAACGAUUAUCUUAGAAUCCUUCAUGAACGAGAGGCUCCACCCGAAGACAAAACAUGCUGCACAUGUGGCUCCGAGUUCCCUGCGUAUAGGUGCUACGACUGCCUCGGCAACCCGGUAUUUUGUCUGAAGUGUUGCAGAGAUGAGCACCGGAGACUGCCUUUCCAUGAGAUAGGCAAAUGGAAUGGAGGAUUUUUCGAGGAAACGUCUCUGACCAAGAUUGAUAUGGAAAUUUAUCUUGGGCAUCAGGGAAUGCCUUGUCCAGCACUUGGGGAUAUCCAUGAAUGGGAGGACACCGACGAGCCCAUAUAUCAACCGGCAGAGGACUUCCCUACCAUACUCGAGCCACCAUUCUUGAACCGCAAGCAAUGCAUCACAAUCGUUGACAAGUCCGGAGUCCAUUCUAUCAUGAUAAGGUUUUGUCAAUGUCCGAAUGCUUGCACACCUGAUAAGCAAUUAUUCGAGAUGGCCAUGUUUCCGGCAUCCUUCACCCGACCCAAGACUGCGUUUACCUUUCCAGUGCUGGAUGGUUUCGCAUUGGACAACUUGGAAUGCAGAACUUCGGCAAUGAAUUACUACAACAAAUUGAGAAGAAUGACGUCCAGUAUAUUUCCGCAUCUAGUCCCGGAUCGUUACAGAGAAUUAAUGAGAGUGGCACGGCAAUGGCGACAGCUGACACAUAUUACAGUGACCUAUUUCCGUAUAAUACGAGGGAACGGACGUGCAUAA